AUGAAUAGUACUCUGUCAGGAUUUUCUUCUGGCAGUGGGCGACGUAUAAACCCUCUUUCGGAGGAGUCAAUUAACAAAGCACGAUCUUUUUUCGAAGAAGAUCGUAAAGACCCAAAUAAUCUUCCCAGCUUUUCUUCUGGUAAUGGACGCUAUGUGAGUCCAAUUUCAGAGGAAUCUCUUAACAGAGUGCGGGGCCUUUUUGAUGAAGAUUCCAGAAAUUUGUCGGAAUUUUCUUUCGUUAGAACUCCAAAAAAUCUGUCUGGGUUUUCUUCUGGUAGUGGACGUUGCAUAGGUUCACUUUCGGAGGAUCAACUUAAUAAAGCGCGACGUCUUUUUGAUGAGGAAGCAUCACGUUCAAAUUACAUACAUAAGUCGACUACUCCGAAGAGAACCAUCGAUAAUACUUCUUUGCAUACACCAAAAAAAAGAAAAAUAUUGCAACAAAAUCAAAAUAUUAUAAACAGUAAAGCUUGUUUGUCUGCGGUGCGGCCUAUAGUUGAUUCAUCGGAGGCGGAUAUAAAACUAUUUGAUCUGACAUUACCACCAAACAGACAUAGACUUCAGGAUAUUGUGCAUAAUAAUCCACUUAAUAUCUCUGCAACUAGCUUGAAAAAACUUGGAAUACCUUCUGAAAUUAUUACUAUGACGCCCGCUAGUGCCCUUUUGUAUCGAUUCAUCUUAUCUGGGGAUCAAUAUUGUGAAAGCACCGAAGGCUUGUCGUCAUGGGGCACAAGUGAAGCAUAUACUUGUCUUAUUGAACGUGGAGCAAAUCCAAAACUCAUUGAUGAGCGUUGGGUAUGUAAUCAUUACCAAUGGAUUUUGUGGAAAAUUGCUGGUAUGAUUCGGUCUUUUCCGCAUAGAUUUAAUAGUUGGUGGUGUCCCGGUAAAGUACUUGAACAACUACGGUAUAGAUAUGAAAGAGAGAUUAAUUGUGCACACCGUUCUGCGCUCAAAUUAAUCAUAGAAGGUGAUGGAAAUCCAAGCUGGCCUAUGGUUUUAUGUGUGUCCAAUAUAUUUGAAGAUCCUAACGUUCAAAUAACGAUUCCAUCAGAAAAAAGAGCCGAAGCUUGUCAAAUUAAAUAUGGACUCGAGUUGACAGAUACAUGGUAUAAAAUUCGGGCCAGUAUUGAUCAACCGCUUCAGCGUGCCAUUAUGAGAUCAAAAAUACGGAUCGGAUAUAAAUUAGAAAUAUAUGGGGCCAAAAUUGUAGGGGGAUCCACUGGGUUACCUGCUCUCGAUAUAUCGAGCUCUCCUAUUCGAUUAGACAUUUCGGCGAACUCUACUAAACUUGCACAUUGGGAUGCAAAAUUAGGGGUUGGGCGAUUUCGUUCGUACGCGUUAUUACAUAGUCUUUCGCCCGAUGGCGGAUUCAUUCCUGCGAUUGAUGUAGUAGUUCAACGGAAAUACCCUUUACUUUUUCGCGAGAUGACGAAGGAUGGAAUUACAAUUAUACGUAAUACAAAGGGUGAAGAAUAUGCUAUGAAGGAACAUGAAAUGAAAUUCAGUGCAUUGAUUGAGUCACUGAUAAGUAAAUUCGAGAGAUCAUACAAUGAUGAUAUAAAAAAAACAAAUCGAAAACGCUUAUCAAAAAAAGAACUUCAGAACAUUACAGCCGGUGAUGAACUUUAUGCCCUUAUUCAAAAUGGCGACAUUACUGAAUUUUCCCAAGAGCUAAGUUAUUUACAGAUUGAACGACUUCAUGAAUAUAUCCAACGGAGAAAUGAAGAAAAAGCCGCCAAGAUGGGUCAAUGGAUUUCCGAACAAUCUGUGUAUAUAGAAAAUAAACGUACAGUUACGACUUUUUUUAAAAUUCGCGUGUGUGAUUACCAUCCGUGUUCAUCAUCUAUUCGUGGACGUGACGCUAUAAUCACCAUUUGGAAUCCUGAUGAAUUUUUGAUUAAUUAUCUGCAAGAAGGACGUCGAUAUAAGAUAUACGCAUUAACAGUAGCCAAAAACCAAGGAUAUCUAUUACCGGAAUUGUUACCGAUACGGUUGAUGUCAAUCGGAAGGACAACUAUUUGGAAGGAAAUUGCUAUAGAAUCGAAUAUUACUACGUCAUAUAUGCCGCGAACUGUAAUGCUUUGCAGUGAACUUGAUAAGAUGAAGUACAAUGAUGAAGUCGAUAUAGUCGUAACGCUUCUGGUUGUAGGCGAGCCCUAUUCUAGUGACAAAUUCGGAAAACAAGUCCAAUUUCAAAACAUUUUAGCACUUGAUAGUAGUGAACAAAUCGUGCAAAUAGAAGUUAAAGACUCGAUAUCAGUCGGUAUAGGCAAAAUAUUGAAGCCUAAGAAUAUUCUCGCUUUCAGCAAUUUGCGAUAUCGUGACUAUGAUCCGAAGUACGCAGUUUACAUUUUAUCUUCAUGUGAUGAAACUGAAAUAAGGAUGUCACCACGUGAAACGUAUUUAAGGCAGGCUAUCAACGAUUUAGAAAAUUGGAUCACGAGUAAUGCUUCAAUUAUUUCCAAAUACGAAGCAAUUGCAAUGGAGCUUUGUAAGUCUCCAUUUGAUCAUGACAUUCCCUAA